AUGCUGCAAAAGUCACGUCCAUUUCCAGUUGAUACUCUGCAAGGCUGGACGCUGUAUUCUUUUGAGAAUGGCACAAGAAUUUGGUGGCAUAAUUUUUCCAUUUCUGGUACCACCAUUACUGUAUUUGCUUCUUUUGGAGGCGUGUCUGUGCCAACAAUGGCUGUAUUUCAAGUUUUAAAGGACAUUAGCCACACAUGGAGCUGGAAACCAGGAGUGAUGUCCACAUCAUACAUUCUGCGAAGUACAAGCAAGCAGAAAGCUGACCCACGUUCUUCUCCAUCUCUGUCUUCCAGUGCUCACUCUUCCAAGUCGUCCAAUUAUGAUGUGAUAGCUGAAGAACACCUAAAACAGGUGGUAGACAAGUCCAAAUCUCACAGAUUGCCUUGCCAACCACAGAUCACAGACACAGUGACUGUGACUUUACACAGGUAUUGGGAUUGUGAUAGUGGAGGAGGGUGGCUGUUAGAAUCAAAUGAAAAAACGGGUGAUUGGACAGUUUACAUUGUUCAACCAAUCAAAGCAUCCAAGCAAAGUGAUGUAACACACUUCCAUUCACCUCACGUCCGCUACCAUCAUUCAGCUCCUUAUACGUUCCAAUGCCUCAUUACUGUGUUAGUCCAUGAACAACUCCAGUCUCCCGUAGUAACUGCAGCUCUCACAUCCCGUCUCUUAGGAUCCUUGCAGAACUUUUUCCAGUAUCGGAAAGUUGUGGCCCCGACAUUUCCUUAUGUUUUGUUUCAGGUGGACAGUCAAAGGGCUGCUCUACAAAGAUCAACAUCUCUCAAAAAAUCAGCUGUUGGUUUGCAUCAAGGAGACACUCGAUUUUUGCAUCAUGUUCGGUCCUUUCUGGAGAAGAGGCCGGGUGUUGACCCGAAAUCAUCUCUGUCCAAGGAGGACCGGCAGAAGACCGAGGACAUUCUCCGGCCACAGACCUACAAUUUUGUUGAUGGAGAAGUGAAUGCAGACCUUCCUGAAGGUGACACGCCUGUAGCAUCUGCAUUAUCUUCACCAGCAGCCACAUCAACUUCAACCACUGGCUCAACUACAGCCACAACCAGCAAUGCAUCUUCUACAAACUCUCCAAUAGGUGCCAAGUCAAGUAAAGAAGAAAAAAACAAAGUUGAUAAAACUAUAGAGGAGAAGGAAAACUCUGUGAAUACAGACUUAGAUAAUUCUAAAAUCUAUGAACAUGCACCCUCAAUGGUUCGUAGUGUGUCAUGCUAUGAAACGAGCUGUAACAUUCCGACAAAUUUUCCACAAAGUAAAGAUCAUCAAUUUGUUUUUUAUCAGACAAUAGCCAAUGAAACAGCAGCAACACUUUUAAAAGAGCUUACACUUUCCAGUAACAUAAGCUUAGGCAUUUCAUCUGAAGACAUCGAUAUUUCCCUCACAGGAGGCUGGGUUUUUUGUGGUUUAGAUGAUGAAGUUGUCAUUCUGCGAAAAUUAGCAGAAGAAGGCAGCACUAUUCAAAGUUUCAUGGGAAAAGGAGUUAUCCAUGUUCCUCCAAAAGUUGUUUGGGAUACAAUCAGGAACCCCAAAACAAAGUUUGCCUAUGAUGAAAGUUUAAAGAAAGUAGAUGUAUUGGAGUCAUUUUUAGAUACUCUUAAAGUUGUGUAUUUUUACCAUGAAGUUGUGGGUUUGUUCCGUAAGGACUGCUGUGAUACCUGUGUUAUUCUCAGUGAACGGACUGAGAACAAUCGGUUUAUCCUGUCUAUGAAGUCCGUCAACUAUGACAAAGCACCCACAAAUGAAAAUGCUACUAGAGCCAUAAUUCACCCAAGUGGUUGGAUAAUUGAGCCAAUAGUUAAAGAUAAUAAGUUGUGUUCUCUGGUAACAUAUAUUAUGCAGAUGGAUUUUGGGCCACCAAAGAGUGCUACUGAGAAAUACCCAUUUGAAGAAUUAGUUGCUCGCCAACCACUCAGUAUUGCUGAUUUAAGACGUUACCUCCGCUCAGUUGUAGUGUGGGCCAGACGUCACUCCACUCCUGCUCGCAGCUGA